AUACUGCCCAAGAAAAUGGACAUACACACUGCUGCCAUUGUUGUUAACUUGAGUGCUUUAAAAGAUGCCAUUAAGAGGGGAGAGGAUGUCAACAGUGUGAAUGAGGAUGGGACCACUCCACUCAUGAGGGCAGCCUUCUGGGGACAGGAAGAUACUGUGAAGGAGCUUCUCUCAGCAGGGGCUUCCCCUCUCUGCACUAAUAAUGAUGGAGAGACUGCUCUGAUGAUGGCCAAGAGAUCACCUCUCCCUAACCCUUCAGUAAUCAAGCAGCUUGAGGAAGCUACUGAAUCACAUUCACGUCCGCAGUCUGUUCCAGUCCUACCCAAAAACUGGACUGUCGUUACUGACACAGAAACGAAGAAGCCAGUCUACCAGAACAAGGCAGCAGGGGAAACCCUCUCAACACCACCUGGAUAUCCCCUGCACCAAACCUCCGCACACCCUGAUGUCACUUUCUACGACAUGCCUCAAGAGAAGGAGUUCACCUCCAGUGGUGGCCACGCUGACUUUGACAAUGGAGUACAAGUAACUGUUCCAGCUAAUGCUGUCCCAGCAGGGACCUCUGUGAGCAUUAAAGUCCAACCCAGCCUUGCCUCAAAUGACGUGUUUGUGAUUCCUGAGGGCAUUCAGUCUGCCAGUCCGUCCUACUUGAUCUCUGGUGAAGGUCUAAACGGAGAGGUGACCCUGAGCAUGGAGCAUCAUGUACGAGUGUCCACCCAACAAGAAGCUGAUGACCUCCUCUUUCUCCAAGCUGACUCGUCUCCCAAGAUAUCUAGUAGAAAGAGAGUAUACCAGUACCAAGAGGUACAAAACGGAAGAUCAGAGUUUACUCCUGGAGGGGACACCGGGAGACUGAGGCUGAGCACACGACUGAAGAACUUCUUUAAAAUUGGGAAGAGAAAAAGAGGCAAUACUGACAGUAACCUCUACACUGUCAGAGUCUACCGGUCUCCUCCACACACAACUGGGGACAUGCUAGCCAUCAUUGUAGCCAGUCUCUGUGGGAGCUUAUACGCUAAGUUUCUAGAGACGCUUGAUACAGUGUUGAUCCCACGAGACUAUCCCAAUGUGUCGAGAGAAGUGGCUGACAGGACAACUCAAGGACCACUGACGUUUGUUGAUAUGUGUGCCACUCUCAACAUUCCCCCAGUGCAGGGAUGGUCUGUGGAACCAGACAAGAAAUCGAUUUUGCGUAGUGGAGUGGAUCAGCCUGAGGUAGAGAAGUUCAGACCUGAGGAUCUCCACGACUACCCUCCCAGGAUAAUCUGCAGGCUCUUCCCUGAGAAGAAUGCUCCCAAGAGAACCACUUGUACCAUCUCCUUGUCUGGGCUACUACCACCGGUCGAAUUUUGCAUACAAUUGAAAAUACUCACCUCCAAAGUUGCUGUGGAUACUACUAAUUUACAGGAGGCCACUGAUGAGUUGAGAAGGUCUGCCCUGGCAGUGAGUGACACACAACUUGGCUCUACUGUGAAGAGUGUAGUGUCUCUGAUGGAGAGAUUGACUGCUGCUCUGAGGUCAUCUUCUCUGAGUGAGCUGACAGCCCACACUGACUCCAUACGGACAGAGAUAAAAGCUGUCCUUGUAGUGACCAGGAGGGUUGUCCAGGAGUGCACAGUGCAGAGCAUCAGUGCGAACAUGAGAGCCAGUCUCUCUAAGAUGGAGACUUUAUCUCACCAGCUUUGUCAUGUGACCAAGGUCAAAAUCAGAUACUGUCUAGACCAGUCAGAUGAGACAGCUGCUCUUGUUGACCUGGUGGAGAAUGGAGCUAAUCUGUUGAGAGCUGUAGACUGUCUACUCAGGGACAUCCACACACUCAGUGGAGUUAGUGGCCUGGCAGAGAGGAUAGACAUUGAACACCCUCUACUCAACAACGAGAUUGAGACAACAGAGUUCCCAAUUUUGGCUUGUCAUUUCGACAACGUGAAAAUGUACUCUCUAGCGUUGGGACUCACUCCUGCUCAGCAAGCUGAUGUGAGGCAGAUUAAAGUUUUAGAAGACACACAAACGGCCAUGAUGGAAUGCUUUUCCCUGUGGCAGAGGAGUAACCCAGCUGCUGCAACAUAUAGAACUCUUCUGAAACUACUCGUAAGAAUGAGGAAACAUGAAAUUGCUAACGAAGUAUUCAAACAUUGCCUAGAGAAUAGUAAACUUACAUAGUACAUGUGUAGCGUAUUAUUUGUUUUGUAAUCGACCUGUAUUUUUUCAUGUUAGUAAAGUUUGCAAUUGAGUGCACAAAAUAUAUAACAUUUCAGUUUUAUUUAGAUGAUGUAUAUAAUUAUAUGGAAUAUCUUCUCAUGACUAUCUACGGGAAAGGUUUAAUGAUUUUUGACUCUAGUAGGUAUUAUAUAUGAUUAUGUGAACUACCAUAUAGCGUGUAAUUUUCGUGGGGUAAAAUAUUUGUUAUUUUCAUGGACAAGCUAGCUGACCUCCACGAAAUUUUAAUGUAGCUGGAACGUAGGAAUGCAGUGCAGCCACGAGACUAAACGAACUUUUUACUCACGAAAACCACCCUUUUUCGAGUUAAACGAUUUGUUUACCCCACGAAAAUUACCCGCUAUAUAUACGGUUUGUUUUGAGAAACAGUAUAAUUAUAGUUCAUACCAAUAUAAUCAUUCCCCAUUUUCAAACGUUAAAAACUUACAGCUUAAAAUAUCAAGAGUUUAAUUCUAGAUAUGACAUACAGAUAUAAAAGUCUGUCCUUAAAGUCCAGGAGUCAUUUCCUUGAAAACAGCAACAUAGUCGACAGCUUUUGUAGGCGGUAUCUCAACACGACCGAGCAAAUCAAAUGCUUUAUUCUUAGCCUCAGGCACAAGCAGUGUCUGAAAUACAACUUCUGCUACAGUCUUCCUAGCCACUUGAUACUCUUUGGAGGAUCCACUGAAAUGUAGUUUAUCGCUCUUGCUGAAAACAAGUUCCCUUGUUCCCUCUUCUCCAUCCACGAGCAUACACGGGUUCACGAUAGUGUAGGUGAGGCCACUCUCGAUCAGAUAAUCUUCGGAUUGUCGCUUGUACUUGAAACACCCCAUAAAUUCGUCCGGAGCAGCUUUUGUUGUUCCCAUUGAUCCAACCAUCACUAUAUGUGCAACGCCAGCUCUCUUCGCUGCAUCAACUUGACGUUGCUGACCAAUCCAAUCCACCAACUCAGGACUACCUGCACAGUAAGAAAACGUUGCAAUGAAAACAGCUUUACAAGUAUAGACUCUAAUGU